CAACUGUUGUCGCUGAACGAUAUGUCAGUUUCGGAACUUGUUGGCUGGAAGAUUCAAGAAGUACCUCUAAUUCGGCAGUAUGGCCGCGAAUGGUUCGACGUGUCGGCACACUUGCCAGGAACUUAUUGUAUGGAUGUUUAUAACAUCAACUUUGUUGAUGUGCAUUUUAAAUAUCGCUGAUAUAUGUGUGGCGGAAGACACUUACAGUGAGAAACAUGAACGAUCUCCACCGACAGUGUCAAUUGCAGUGCUCGUCCGCAACAAAGCUCACACUCUUCCGUGGUUUCUGGGGCAAUUAGAAAAACUGGAUUAUCCGAAACAUCGGAUUAAUCUGUGGUUCCGAAGUGAUCACAACAUUGACAAUUCAUCUGCCAUGCUACAGGAAUGGAUAACUGCAGUUCAGCCCUUGUAUCAUCGAAUUGACGUUAAGAUUGAUAACACUACUGCUAGAUACCCAAAUGAAAAGUCCAACUGUGACUGGACUGAAGAGAGGUUUGACAAUGUCAUUCAGUUGAGACAAGAAGCCCUUGACGAUGCUCGGAAUGUGUGGGCCGACUAUCUGUUUAUGCUGGAUGCGGAUGUGAUGCUGGAGCACAACCAGACCCUCCAGCUGCUGAUGGCCCAGGACAGAACAGUGAUCGGCCCGAUGCUGAACACCAGCGUUGACGGCAUCUACUCCAACUUCUGGGCAGGGAUGAGCAAAGAUGGGUUUUAUAAAAGAACACCGGAGUACAUUCCGAUAGUUGACCGAGAGAAGCUUGGAGUGUUUCCUGUACCCAUGGUGCACUCUGCCGUGUUGGUCGACCUCCGGCACAAGGUCACAGAACAGUUCUCGUACUCUGCACCUCCCAAAGAUUAUAACGGCCCCACUGAUGACAUCAUUAUCUUCGCACAUACUGUCAGACACGCAGGUAUAAGCUUCCAUGUGAUGAACUCGGAAUACUUCGGGACAGUGCAGGUGCCCAUGGAUGAGUCGUACUCCUUGGAGUUUGAGAAGGACCAGUUUACUCACACAAAGCUGGAGGCUAUGGUGGAGGGUCCCGAGCUGUAUCACUCUCCCCACGUCUCCCUGCCUAACAUCCCUGCAGAUAUGCUGGGAUUCGACCAGGUGUAUGUGAUCAAUCUACUCCGCCGUCCUGAACGGAGGCAAAGAAUGAUAGCGACGAUGUACGACCUCGGGAUCCAAGUCAAGUUUGUGGAUGCUGUCGAUGGAAAGCAGCUCAACGACACCUACAUGGACAGUCUGGGUAUAGAUAUGUUGCCAGGAUACGCGGACCCAUACUCACACAGAGCGCUGACACUGGGAGAGAUUGGGUGUUUUCUGAGUCACUAUUUUAUCUGGGUUGAGAUGAUGGAAAAGGGAUAUGAGCGUGUUCUAGUCUUCGAGGAUGAUGUCAGAUUUGAAGCCUAUUUCCGAAAGAAGUUUGCGUACAUGCUGAAAGAAGCACAGGACUACGUGCCCAGCUGGGAACUCAUCUACCUUGGCCGGAAGAUUCUACAGAGUCGGCAGGAGUACCUAGUGAAGGGCACAGAGAACCUGGUGUGGCCCAGCUACUCCUACUGGACACUCAGCUACAUGCUGCAGCGGUCCGGCGCCAAGAAGCUGCUGGACCAGAAGCCCCUCGGCAAGAUGAUCCCCGUGGAUGAGUUCCUGCCCAUCAUGUUCGACAAGCAUCCAGAGCAUGACUGGCGCCUACAGUUUGAGCCUAGGAACCUGGUAGGGCUGUCUGCUGACCCGCUUCUCGUCUUCCCCACCCACUACACCGGUGAGGAGAACUACAUCAGCGACACUGAGGUGUCCAACAUCAUCCCCACAGAAGACAUAGAGGAUAAACCUGGCGUGGACACUAUCCCUACUAUUGAGGACACGGCCAAGUGUAAACCCCCUGAAUGUAUCCACGAUGAGUUUUGAGGAAAACAGUUUAGGAAAUCACUUCAUUUAGGUAAUGAUGAAUCUCCAUCCAGCGGAUCCAGAACCAUACAAACUAUGUAUUACAAAACAUGUCACUAAGUCAUCUGAUGAUUUCAAGAAAGAUACCAAUUAAUUGACUUAUUUUUGGCUAACAAACACAAAUUGUAUCCUGUCUUUGAAGGCAUUUAGAAGUGAUACACAUAAGGAAGAGAAUUUAUGGAUUUCUUUAUUAUGAGGAACACUACGUUUCUGUGUAUAUGCUUACUCCUUCAUCACCGUAACAUCACCUGAUGAAGGAGUAAGCAUAUACUCCGAAAUGUUGUGUUCCUCAUAAUAAACAUAAAGAAGUUGACAUCCAUUAAUUCUCUUCUGUCAAUUGUAUCCUGAUAUUAUUCCAUUCUUUUUCGUAUUUUGUGUGCACUUGACUGGCGGGGGGG